AUGGACAAUUAUUCUGGAGCUAAUGAGGAAUGGAAAUUAUCUCAAAAAAUUGUAGAGCUAUCUUUAAAUGAAAGUAUUUCAAAAUACUUUAAUUAGAUGAUGUCGUAUUAUAAAACCGUCAUAGAAGAAUUCCAUAGAAGGAUGAGAGAAUAAAUGAAUUAUUAAAGAAAAUUCCAUCUGAAAUUAGAUAAAUGUAUGAUUGUUUAGGUCCCAUUUAUGAGAUAAACCCAAAAUACUAAAUCAUAUACCAAAACGAUGGAAGUAUAUAUUUUGGUUAAGGGGUUGGAGGUCGAAAAAUUGGAACAGGUAUUUAAAUCUGGCCAGAAUAAGGAAAUAUAUUGGAUGGGUAAUAUAGAUGAUAAUUUAUAAAAAUAGAAAUUGGGAGAAUGAUGAAUUAGAGGGUUAGUGCAGGAUGGUGUAUUCAAAUAAAGAUAUGUAUAAAAUAAUGAUAUUAGUGUUUAGUUUUGAAUGCUUAUUCAAAUAAGGAAGAGCCAAUGGUUUUGGGGUAUUUCAAUCAUAGAAAAAGAUAGUAAAAGGUAAUGUAGGAAUAAUCAUAUUAGGGAUUUGGAUAGAUAAUAAUUUAUCUGGAGAGGGAUAGGAGUUUAGAAAAGAUGGUUAACGAUAUUAUGGAUAGUUUUAGGAUGGACAAAAAAAUGGUUAAGGUAUUAUCUAUUUUAAAGAUGGAUGCAAGUAAUGAUUGAUUUAUGUUAUAAAAUAGAUAUGAAGGAGAAUUAAGGAAAAAUAGAGAAGACGGUAUGGGAACAAUGAUUUGGAGUGAUUGCAGUUAUUAUGAUGGAGAAUUUAGGUUGGGAGUGAUAAAAGGAAGAGGAGUAUAUUCAAGUGGAAAUGGAUAUAGUUUGAUGGGAUAUGUAAUUGACAAUAGAAUUUCUGGUUUUAGUUCUAAGAGGAGGUGUAGAAGGAUAAAAAGUAGAAGAUAUAGAGAAUUAUAUAUAAACAUGAGAGCGGAUCAAAAUUAAUAAUUGAAAAAAUUAGAUAACUAUGACA